ACGCAAAAGUCAUUUCAUUUUUAUAUAAAAGUAAGAGAGUUUGAGAAUAUAGAAUAAAAGUCUCAUUUGGCCUCUUUUUGGUGUAUUUUGAUACUUAAUCGUUCAUUUGACGUGCAGUCAGGGAGAUUUAAGCAGAGCGCAUUCCUGCACAGAGCUCAGAGCGGAGGGAGCAGCAGCACCGCACCGCCUCUCUGUGUCUGCGGGGCUCACCGCACAAACCUCUCUGUGUCUGCGGGGCUCACCGCACAACCCUCUCAGCUCGGUGGAGGUGCAGGAAGCGCUGCAGCCUCGUCCGGUCGUGUUCGCCGCGAUGUCGGAGUUUCUAGUGGCUCUGCUCGGGGAGCGGCUCGUCAACAGCGAGAAAGCCGAGGUGGACGUUCAGUCCCUGGGCGCCAGGCUCUCCCUGCUCGGGCUCUUCUUCGGCUGCAGCCUGAACGCCCCCUGCAAGCAGUUCAACGGCAGCCUCUGCGAGUUUUACCACCGCUUCAAGAAGGCGUCCGAGCAUAAGGACAAGCUGGAAAUCGUCUUCGUCUCUUCUGAUCAGGACCAGAAACACUGGCAGGACUUUUUGCAGGAGAUGCCUUGGCCUGCCUUACCUUUCAAAGACAGACACAAAAAGAUGAAGCUGUGGAACAAGUACAAGGUAACCAGCAUCCCUUCUCUGGUGUUCGUGGACGCCACUACGGGAAAGGUGGUGUGUCGAAAUGGUCUCCUGGUGGUCAGAGACGACCCUAAAGGCCUAGAGUUCCCCUGGGGGCCAAAGCCCUUUGCAGAGGUGGUGGCGGGGCCUCUGCUCAGGAACAACAGGCAGACAACAGACUGCAGCUCUCUGGAGGGACACUACGUGGGAGUGUAUUUCUCAGCACACUGGUGCCCGCCAUGCCGCAGUUUGACCCGGGUACUGGUGGAAUCCUAUCGGAUCAUCAAAGAGUCGGGUCACAAAUUUGAGAUCGUCUUCGUCAGCGCUGACAGGUCAGAGGAGUCCUUUAAGCAGUAUUUCAGUGAGAUGCCAUGGUUGGCCAUUCCAUAUUCAGACGAGGCUCGGAGAUCUCGACUCAACAGACUUUACGGGAUCCAAGGUAUUCCCACGCUGAUUCUGCUGGACGCGGACGGUCACGUCAUCACACGGCAGGGCCGCGUGGAGGUGCUGAAUGACCCGGAGUGCCGGCUCUUCCCGUGGCACCCCCGACCUGUGCUGGAGCUGAGCGAGGCCAACGCUGUGCAGCUCCAUGAGGGACCUUGCCUCGUCCUGUUUGUGGAUGCUGAAGAAGAAGGGGAGCUGGAGCCAGCCAAGGAACUGAUUCAGCCAAUAGCAGAGAAGCUCUUGGCCAAGUAUAAAGCUAAGGAGGAGGAAACACCACUGUUGUUCUUUGUUGCCGGAGAGGACGACAUGAGCGACUCGCUGCGGGAUUACACCAACCUCCCGGAGGCCGCCCCGCUGCUCACCAUCCUGGACAUGUCUGCUCGUGCCAAGUACGUCCGAGACGUGGAGGAGAUCACGCCGGCCGUCGUGGAGCAAUUUGUUAACGAGUUCCUGGCUGAAAAGCUCAAACCGGAACCCAUCUAAAGAGGCUUAGAGCAGGAAACGGACAUGCUAAAAAAAAAAAAAAAAUUAAAAAAAAAAAAAAGACUGUCACCCAUCCCUGAUCUGCUCACACGCCUCUCUGUCUCUUUGUGCUUUCAUUCACCUCCCCUCCUGACUGUUAAAUUUACAAAAAAUGUCUCCCUCCUACUGGCAUUUUAACAUCUUAAAAAACAUUUUCCUAUUUCAUGGAGUCCUCUCUUUCUCCCGUGGUGCCUUGCAUAGUCCAUACAGUAAUAUAUGAGGAGAUUCUGUAUUUGUUUUUUGUUUUUUUUAUACACAUAAUGGCAUUUCUGAUUUGUAUAGACAACCUGAGGAUCACACAAUGGACCUACUUAUUAAAGCUGAUGCUUUGCUUUCUGUUUUCACUGCAGAUUUGUGUUCCUUUAGGUUUCUGAAUGACGCUGAGAGAGAAUGCAAUGCAGCUGUGCAGUAAUCCAUCUGCAUAUCAGCGGGCAGUUGGAUGUAGCUGUAGACCUAUUUAAAAAGCCAUGAUGGGUGCUCAGACAUUAAACAGUACGCAGCCUGCUUGGAACAGACUGCCGGCUGACUGCGGCGUGUCACCAGUUGUUAGUGCUGAUUUCUUCUCAAGGUCAUUUUGAGGAUUUUCUGUGAAGGUCCACUGAAGGAAA